AUUGGAUCUGGUGUAGUGGUUAAAACCCCUGUCUCUGGAUGCUAGGCGCAUGGUCGUCGAAGGAUGUAUAAAAUGGUUGCAAGUACUUCUCUCCAGAGGUGACUUAAACAUCAAAUCUGUUUGUACAGAUGAUGUUGAGGGUGGAAAUUACUAUGACAUUGUUUGGUUAAACUAUUAUGCCUUUGUAUAUAUCUACAUUGUAGUAAUAUGCGUACAUUAAGAAUGCCGUGGUCUAUAUUUGAUAUUUGUUUGUUUUGUUUUUUUAUUAAGGUGUCAAUCAUGAAGACCAAUUUCAAACAGUGUCUGUGACAAUGAUGAUGAUGGUCAACUUUUGAGACAAUUUGUCGUCAAUCUGAGUCACAAGGCCUGAAACUUAUUACGAAAUAAAAGAUAUGAAUACUAAUUUGUGUGAUGCCUACAAACAUACUGUUUACUGUAUGUGUCCAACAGGGAGCUCUGAAAGGACAAUAAUGCAAAUAAAAAAUAAAACAAAAUUAUCUGUGGAACGAUGUCACGUUCUUAUUUGGAUAAUUGUAAUUGGAAUAAUAAUUCUCUUUGCUUCAUUAAUAGUAGCAAUGUUUACCUCUCUAAAUCAUUUAAGACAUGAUCUUUACAAUGAAAAGUUAGAGAGGAGAGACAGAGAAAAUACUAUGUGUGUGCCGUGCUAUGAUUUGAUACUAGGACCAUUGGAAAAAGACAACGCAAAACUUCACUUAUUGAAAAGAACAAUGGAAAAUGAUAUGGAAAUUUGUUGUGCUAAAGGAUCGAAUCAAACAGCAAUUCUUGUUAGCUUGAUAUUUGAAAGGCAAGAACGAUUGAAGAAAACUAAAGAUCGAAUUCUUUCUGAAUCUGAAUGUAAAUGCAACAGUUCAAGUGAUACACGUAACAUUACCAGAUUAAAUAGACCUUCUGUUCAUCUGACUGCGGGCGUACAACCAAUAACAGAUAAUUGUGAACCUCCAUUUACAGUUAGUAAUUGGGUUUCGAAGGGACCAACAUCUCACACAAAUGACAUACAUGUCGACGACAGCCGAAUUAUCAUCCACACAUCUGGUCUUUAUUUUGUAUACAGUCAGAUAUUUUUCAGUGACCUUUAUAGAGGACAACCACAAUCAAACGGAUCGCAUGCUCUCUACCAUUAUGUUUACAGGUUCAACUAUAUUUAUCCAAACGAUGGUCAGGAGCUACUCUUAAAAAGUGUUCGCACACAAUGUUGGGCGGAAAAUAAAAUCUAUGGUGAUUACACCAGUUAUACUGCUGGUGUCUUUAAGCUCAAUGCAGGUGAUCAGAUUUUUGUAAAGGUAUCUCAAAUCAGAUUGAUUUCGAGAGAUGGACAAGCGUCGUUUUUCGGGGCUACUUUGAUGUAUCUGUAAUAAGAGUUUUUUAAAGGAAUCCAUGAAAUAGCACAAUAUCAUAAUGUCUCUGUUCUGUAUUACUGUAAGACACAUUUCGCUUUUAAUAUAUACAAUGCAUAUUUUAAUUUUUUUAUUUUUUACUGUUUGUUAUAAUUUUGUAAA